UAGUAAACCAGCUCUUCAAGUAGCUUGGUCUCUCUGGCUGGGCCUCUGGAAGCAGUCACCAUCGGUGCUCAGAGUGCCUGGGUAAGAAAGCCCUUUCAAGCAAACAUAGGGAAUGCUUUGGAAAAGAUACCAUAUUUCAGCGUGUUUGCUAUUCAGAGUGCUUAGGUAAAAGGGCUUUGCUAAUUACGUUUUAAUCAGCUUUAAAGGCAGUGAAGGGCAAUACAAAGUCAAGUGCCUGCCAGUUCAGCAAGAAGCAAAGGAACUGAAUCCAAAGAAAGAUCAUGGGAAUUCUCUAUUCAGAGCCUAUUUGUCAGGCAGCAUACAAUAAUGACUUGAAUGAAGUGCAGCUCCUUUUGGAUGAAGAUGGCAAUUCUUUGAACAUCCAGGACAGUUAUGGUGGAGACACGCCACUAAUCUGCGCCUGCAAACAGGGACAUAACAGAAUAGUCAGCUACCUUCUGAAAAGAAAUGCUGACGUGAACAUAAAAAACGAUAAAGAGCGAACGUGCUUGCAUUAUGCUGUCAGAAAACGGUUCAACUACCUUGACUAUCUUCUCAUUGUCAUCCUAAUGCCUGUUUUACUUCUUGGGUAUCUCCUUAUGGUAUCUAAGAGUAAGCAGAAUGAAAACCUUAUCAAGAUGUUACUCAGAGCUGGUGCAGAUGUAAACGCUAUAGACAACUCAGGAAGAACAGCUCUUCACUAUGCCUGUGAAAUGAAGAACCAGUCCAUCAUUCCUCUUCUAGUCGAAGCAGGUGCUGAUCUUUCCAUAAAGGAUAAGGAUGAUGAAACACCACUGGAUAUAGCAAGAAGACUGAAGUUCAUUAACAUAGAAUCCAUAUUAAAGAAAGAAUGAUAGACUGUAAUGGGAUAUUGACACAGUUGUUAGAAAAAAUGCCACCUGCUUUGGAAAUUCAUUCUGAUAAGUGCCAUUUGGUCAGCAUUUGAAAGUCAUGAUGUUUACAGCAGCGAUAUAGCAAUAGAGUGUUUUAAAUCUCCUGCUAUGUAGCCCUGCAUGAUGUGAUUUUACCAGGACAUGCUUUUUUUUUUUACCAUUAAGAGGUAAUGCCUUUGAUUUAUUUUUUCUUACUCAAGUAAGACACUUGUAACAGU